UUAUCUGACUGUGCGCAGGCUGUGGCCUUGCAUUGAGGGAGAGGGAGUGGGGGGAGGCCUAGGCCCAGGCCAAAGCCCAAGCCUGGAGCUGGCGGGGGAACAGGAGCCACAGCAGAAACGCAUCGGAGAAGGCUAUGGACCCCUCCGAAGCAGUGGUGCAGGAGAAGGCCCUGAAGUUCAUGCCCAGAAUACACAUGCCUAAAGAUGGAUUCCAACUUACAUCUUCUGGAUACCAAGCAUGGCUAAAGCAGUGCUCUAUGCCCCGGUCUCUGUGGCUGGGCUGCUCCAGCCUGGCGGACAGCAUGCCCUCGCUGCGAUGCCUGUAUAACCCAGGGACUGGCACACUCACAGCUUUCCAGAAUUCCUCUGAGAGAGAAGAUAGUAACAAUGAUGAACCCCCUAGGAAAAUCAUUCCAGAGAAGAAUGCACUCAGGCAGACCUACAACAGCUGUGCCAGACUGUGCUUAAACCAAGAAGCAGUAUGCUUAGGGAGCACUGCUAUGAAGACUGAAAAUUGUGUGGCCAAAACAAAACUUGCCAAUGGCACUUCAAGCAUGAUUGUGCCCAAGCAAAGGAAGCUAUCCGCAAGCUAUGAAAAGGAGAAGGAGCUGUGUAUCAAGUAUUUUGAACAGUGGUCAGAGUCCAACCAAGUGGAAUUUAUGGAACAUCUCAUCUCACAUAUGUAUCACUAUCAACAUGGGCACAUCAACUCAUACCUCAAACCUAUGCUACAGAGGGACUUCAUCACAGCACUGCCAGCCCGAGGCCUGGAUCACAUUGCUGAGAAUAUCUUGUCAUACUUGGAUGCCAAGUCAUUGUGUGCUGUUGAGCUGGUAUGUAAGGAGUGGUAUCGGGUGACGUCAGACGGCAUGUUGUGGAAGAAGCUGAUUGAGAGAAUGGUCCGGACAGACUCACUGUGGAGGGGUUUGGCAGAGCGGAGAGGAUGGGGACAAUAUCUAUUUAAAAACAAGCCACUUGAUGGAAUAGCCCCACCAAACUCCUUCUACAGAGCACUUUAUCCCAAAAUUAUACAGGAUAUUGAGACGAUAGAAUCAAACUGGCGGUGUGGAAGGCACAGCUUACAGCGAAUCCACUGCCGGAGUGAAACGAGCAAAGGGGUUUAUUGUUUACAAUAUGAUGAUCAGAAGAUUGUGAGUGGUCUCCGAGACAAUACCAUCAAGAUCUGGGACAAGAAUACACUAGAAUGCAAGCGGAUUCUGACUGGACACACAGGAUCAGUCCUUUGCCUCCAGUACGAUGAGCGGGUUAUCAUCACUGGAUCAUCGGAUUCCACUGUCAGAGUGUGGGAUGUGAAUACAGGUGAGAUGCUGAACACCCUGAUCCACCACUGCGAAGCAGUACUGCACCUACGCUUUAAUAACGGCAUGAUGGUGACUUGCUCCAAAGAUCGUUCCAUUGCCGUGUGGGACAUGGCCUCCCCAACAGACAUCACCCUUCGCAGAGUGUUGGUUGGACAUAGAGCAGCUGUCAACGUGGUAGACUUUGAUGACAAGUAUAUUGUGUCAGCGUCAGGUGAUAGAACUAUAAAGGUAUGGAACACAAGCACCUGUGAGUUUGUGCGUACCUUAAAUGGCCACAAACGAGGCAUUGCCUGUCUACAGUAUAGAGACAGACUAGUAGUGAGUGGUUCAUCGGAUAAUACAAUCAGGUUAUGGGACAUUGAGUGUGGAGCAUGCUUGCGGGUCCUAGAAGGCCAUGAAGAGCUGGUGAGAUGCAUACGCUUUGAUAACAAGAGGAUAGUCAGCGGGGCCUACGAUGGGAAAAUUAAAGUGUGGGAUCUGGUGGCUGCUCUGGACCCUCGUGCCCCUGCCGGAACUCUCUGCCUACGCACUCUUGUGGAGCAUUCUGGCCGAGUUUUCCGGCUCCAGUUUGAUGAGUUUCAGAUUGUCAGCAGUUCACAUGACGACACCAUUCUCAUCUGGGACUUCCUGAAUGAUCCAGCUACCCAAGCAGAAUCAACCCGCUCCCCCUCCAGAACGUAUACUUACAUCUCCAGAUAAAUAGUACUACACUGUACCUCACACUUGCACAGGACUCAUUUAAGCUGCGAUAUUUAAAUUAUCUGCCAAUGCCAGGGCAAAAGAAUUAUCCACAUAACAGAUACUCCUGAAGAGAGGCUCUCAGACAUACUUCUGGAACCAAGUUGGCAUGCGGUUGAUCUCGAUCAAGGUCUUCUCAGCACGGCUGACUGCUCAAGUGCUGCUAUAUCAGAAGAUUUCUUUUGUCUUUCCUGAAUGACUGAUGUGCUAACCCCCCCUUUGCACUCUUCCCCCUCUCCAAUUCCCCCUUUGUUGUCCUGAGUGCACACAUCCUAUAAAUAUAUUUAACAUGUUACCAGGAUUUCUUGCUUUGCUCUUAAGCAGAAAAAUCAGUGCCACCACUCAUUCCACUGGGAAAGUCAUCUUGUGUUUCAGGUGGAGGGGAGCAGCAGGCUGAUGCCUUUACUUUUUGGGAUUUGCAUAAAGGGUAUCUCUGUUUAGCCGUAGAAUGCCAUAAGACUUUACAAAAGGGCCAAAUUAAUGCCAAAUAAAGGCCCUGGUGGCCAGAAACCAGUUGAGAGGAAGUCAUAAUGAAGUCCAAACUAUUUCGUCUGGACCUUUUGGAAUAGUUCCAUCUGUACAAGGUGUUGGUUUGGUAGAUGCCAGUAAGUGAAAGCUCUCAUUUGCCAGAGUCUAGUGUUGCUGAAGAGGUGAGAGUUACUGUUGCUAUUAAAUCCCUGAGAUUGCAAGAAGUUCGUGGUGGCUUUGAGAAAUGUUUCUCUGUCAAGGGUGUUCUACAGAAAGCUAGAUUUCUCUGUCCUCCUACAAAGCACUGUAUGCUGAUUUUUCUGUCCUUAUUGCCUCUCUCAAAUCCACCAUAUUGCACCAGUACUCCUUAUGCACAGCAUGAAAACAGAGUUGGAUGGUGCCUUCAUCAGCACUGAAUGAAUGACCUGGUAAUUCAGACUUUUCCUGCUCACCUGUUUAUAUCUGUUCAUGGACUGACAUAUGUGCAUUACUGUCCUUCCCAGUCAGCUGCAAAUGUGUCUCUCAGCCCCCAGAACUGCAAGGCAGAUAUAUAUAGGGGAAGGACAGGGGGAAGAGUGGGAGGCGAGGGAGCACAGUAGGAUGAGCAGCAAGCCUAUGGUACUAAGUAGCUCUCAUUACUUUGGGGAACAUUUUAGAAAAGCUCUGACCUUCCAGUGGAAAUACCAGGCCCUUUGUCUCCUAAAACGGGGUUAAGAGUAAUAGGGCUACUCUUUUGGUAAAGACUUGUUUUAAUUUAAGAAAGAAGAGGGCUUUACUUCAUGCUGCUAGGCAGGCAGGCUUUGCCUGUGUCCUGUCCUUAUUCACUUGGGAGUAGCUGUCGUCCCAGUAGAAUCCAUGGUAAUGUUUGGCAAUUGCCACAGCAGGCUUGGGAGGCUGGAAAUUGUUGGGUACUUUAGACUAAGCGGGCAGCUGGUCCUGUCCUUGUGGUUCUCCAUACUGGUUCAAAAGGGAUACCCCAUCCAGGGAUUUUUAACCUACACAUGAGCCAGGGACAUAUUAUCACCAAAGGCAUAGAGUCAGAGGCAUUUCUUCUCUGAACAGAAAUAUUAGUGCUGAUCUGAUGUUUGUUUUUAAGUGUCAGUUACUGUAACUAGGAAAUUCAGAGCUGCAGGUAGGGAUUUUAUCCUUACUCUGUGCUGCCCUUCAGUGGAUGGGAAGUUUUGCCUUGCACAGUGCUUUGCAACUUCAUGCAUAGCAAGAAUGGAAAUGAGAGAAACAGAAUUUUCCAGGUAUUAUUCUCUGUUAUGAUUAGUCUCUCUCUCACACACACCUUUCACAUCGCUUAAUAACUAUGCCCUUGAGUCCUGUGCCUACAAAGCUUGCAGUGUUGGCUGUGUAUGUGGAACAAGAUGCAGAUCUGCUACAGCUGGAGCAUCAUCAAGUUGUACUCUUGCUUGCAGCUGGAACUGUGAGACCAGUGUUUUCUUCUCCGAAUACUACAGGCAUUUUUUAAAAAUGUGUAUUUGGUGGCGACUCUGAUAUGACUUUUGAUUUGCUGAGUUAUGUGGAGCUAGGGAUCAUAAAAGAGGCUAUGCCAGUGAUGGGGCAGCUCUUCUUUGGCUGGUGUUGCCUUGCUGUUGUUCUCAAACCAUUUGUAAGCACUGAACUCUUUAAAAGAAACAAACAUGAAUGAAUGACAGUGUGCAGAGCAUGUUCUCAAGGGGAAAGCAGCAAGAUUUUGCUAUAAGCCAUUUCAAAGGAAAAGGCUAGAAGUGUGGGUUUUUUCCCUGAUAGACAAAAAGGUUACCACAAAACAAAGACCUUCCCUCACUACCCACUUGAGUUGUAUGACCUUGAAGGAAAUUUUGAAGUUUACAGCCUUCAUUCUGUUGCAUUUCCAACCAUUUGGGACGGGUUUGAUGUUCAUCUGAUGUGGUUCUAAAUCUUUAUCUGUGUAUUUGGAUGUUUUCCGGAUGGUUAGUUCUCAAUUGGAUCUGAAGUCAAAGUAGAAAAAAGGGAAAUUUAAUGGUCGUGAUGGUUCUUUAAAAGAUCUGUGAUCCAGGGCUACAGCUUGCUUUGGAGUGAAAUGCUAACCUGGAGUUACUGCUUGCAAAAAAUAGCCUUCUCUCUCACACACUGUGGAGCAGAGAGCUCUGCAGACAGGUUUUCAGAGGAGGAAGAGCAGUGCACUAGGGGAGAUCCCUGGUACAAGAACGUACAUGUCUAGCAUGAGGACUGUUGGCUAAUUUAAAGUGUAUUUAGAGAGUGUGGAUGCACAGUGAGAUGUAGCACAUAGGAAUCCCCUGCAGAAAUACAUGCUGGGUCACUUUCACUGUACUUAUUUAGGCUUCUGAGGUUUGAUUACAAUUACAAGGCCUGUUUGUGAAUCCGAAGAUGGACAAAAAAUCCCAUUGCUGCAAAAUAAAAUAAAAUAAAAAUCCUGUAUUUAACUCUGUAGGACAGAAUAAGAAUGCGGCAUAUCUGUGUGUCGUCCCCCCCCCCCCCUUCACUGGCCUCCCUUAUGUAAUUCUGGCUGUUUGAGCCAAUGUAAGUGGCAGGUGCUUGGCAUCUUUGAUAUUUGGCUCUUUGGGUCCUGGGGGUUUCUUCCUUCCAGGCUAGGCUCAAGCAUAUCUAGCAGUUAGCAGUGUUACUAAAAGAAAUAACUGUGUGUAUAUUAUUUUCUGUAAUUAACCCAUUCUAGAGAGAAGAUGUUCUAUGCAGGAUUUGAAGGAAUAUUCAAAAAUUUCCAGUAGCUAUCCAGGUUACAUGUCUCCCAUUUAGCAUAUCUUCUUUCUCUAAGGGAAGAUCUGGGAAAAUCCCUUUCGUACGUGGCACUGCCAUGGCCUCCUAAUUGGCAUGUAUGAUGCAGUGCUGAGUUGGGAUCCAGUUUAUAUCCUUGGCCCAAAUGGCUAAGUAAUUUCCUUUCCUGAAACAGGAGAGAUCUCCAGAUAGCUUCCUACGUCUGUGUCCUCCAGGUUUCACUUCUGGAUGAGCCUCUUUCACAUGAAAUUGAUCCUACAUAUCCAGCCAGGAGUGAACUUACUGUGUGGCCUUGGAAGCACAAUUCUCCCCGUGGGUCACUUUGGCUCAAGCAGCCUCCGCACAAGUUAAAUGCUGUGCACUGAGAGGUGCAUAUUCUGUAAGAAACAUAUAUCUGUUGUAAGUCCCUUUUGGCUCCCUUCUGAACUAUAACUUAGCUCUUGGUAUUAAGCACCAGUGUGGCCUCUCCUUUACAGGUCUGCCUGAUGGAAGCUGUGAUUGAUCAGUUACUGCUUCCCUUUGGUUCUUAAACUCAGCUUUCUUUAGGGCUUUGCAUUAUCAUUCAUCAUGAGCAUCAUGUUGGAGGGUUGACCUCCCCGUCCCCUUAUGCAAUGUGCAGUUGGGCUAUAGCUCAGUUGAAUUCAGGUCCUUUGGAGUAGCAGUGAUCAUAUCAGGAUUUCUAAUUGCUUAUUAGUGACUCUUCAAUUAUAUGAGGUAUGCUUAGGAUUAUGGGCCUUGGAGAAAUCCACAUCAGUACAAGCACUGAAACAUUAUAUAGAUGCAGUCCCCACAAAAGUCACUAGUUAGUAUUCUAAAGUCACUGUAGACUCUUCUCUAAAAAUCACCUUUCUAGAGACAGAAACAUUUGUUCUGGAAUACUGCACAGCUUUUCUGGAGAAGGUACAAAUGGUUCAUUAUUUUCUAGGUCUGCUCAUGUGCGUAAACAAUUAAAAUUCAGUGCUCAAAAUAAAUACAGAUCAAUAAAGUGUACACUGAUUUUCUUAAUUUUUAUCAAUUUGCAUGCUUUGUUCUGAACAUGAAUUUGAGUUUUUGCACACUAUCAAACUUUGGGUGCGGAAUUAUGGGUUAGCAAAGGCAAAAUGCAAACUGAGGUGCUCUAUGGAAGAGCAUAACAUUGAGUGUUAUGAAGGCAGACUACAGGAAACAGAAGUACCACCUUCUGACUGGAUAAUUUCACAGUACCUCCUGCCUGUUUCAAGUGUGUUUUCACAUUAAAGAAGGUUGGUCAUUUUACUUUAAAGGUGGGAAGGGGAACUGAGAUUUUCAGGAACCCAGAAAACACACAAGUAUUUGUGCACAGAGACUUGCAGAUUGUUCAUUAGAAGAAGGCUCAACAUCUUAAAUUGCUUCUAAGCACCCCAUUUUUGUUCUUCAGAUGUCUUUACUGGUAAGCAAAGAGCUCUCCUUAGUUCUGUGGAACUAAAAGAAUGGUUGAUGUUCACUUACCGAAUGAUGGGUUCUGGUUGAGUAGGGAAAGGGCCAGGAAGCCCUGGUCCAUACAACACAGGAGAUUGCCUUGUAUGAAUGUUGCUCAGAAUAUAAUAAUGGACCACUCUAAAGAGGAAUUUUGGUAACACAUUUGGAAAGGAUGCAGCUUCAUCCAAAACCUUGCAAAAAAGAAUUAGCACCUGGUGACAAUUCCCCUAGCCUAAUAGCAUGUUGCUCUUUGAAAGUACACAGCAGCCCAAUACAUGCGUAUUGCAACUGCAGGAAGCUCAGAGAACUGUGGGCACAAAAGGUUAGGAAGUAAACAUACGAUCUAUGAAAUUUUAUUUGUAACUGCUCUCUGUUCUCUAGAUCCUUAAAGUAAAUGAGUGCUUUGGAAUUUUUGUGAUUACGGUCUGGUGAUGUGUAGCUGAUGUACUAAUGUUCACUUGAGCUAGGAUCAUGGUAACGUGUGGUUUUUUUAUAAUUUUAUUUUAACUGUUCAGAAGAUAACUUAAAUACAAAUAUAAGAUG